GCGCAGAGCCCCUUCCCAGCCCAGCCGAGGCACCGCGACCCCCGCUGCCGCCCCCGCCGCCGCCCCGGCCAUGAGGUCGGGCCGGAGAGACGGCACCUGUGCGGGGAGGUGAGCGGAGCCCCGGCGCCUUCCUCCUACCCCCGGGCAGCCACCGCGGCGGGGGAAGCGCAGGGGGUGGAGGAAGGGAAAAGGAUUUUUAUUUUUAUUUUAUUUUUUUAAAUUUUUUUUUUGAUAAUACAUCAAUACAUUUUUGCUGCGAUCAAUCCCGAUCCCGCGACUGAAGCCCCCGGAGGGAGAAGUGCUGCGCGCUGUGAUGCGUCUUCCUCUCGCCUCGGCUGCCAGUUUGGAUUGUAGCGCCCGGCUCCGUGCACCGCGAGGAUGGCUCGGUUUGGGGAUGAUCUGCCGACCCGCUAUGGAGGUGGAGGGCCGGCCGGGGCUGGAAGAGGGAGCAGCCGGCAAGGUGGCCCCCAAGCCGGCCAAAGGAUGUAUAAGCAGUCGAUGGCUCAGAGGGCCAGGACUAUGGCUCUCUACAACCCCAUCCCUGUCAAACAGAACUGCUUCACAGUCAACAGAUCCCUCUUCAUCUUCAGUGAAGAUAAUGUUAUACGGAAAUACGCCAAGCGAAUAACAGAAUGGCCUCCAUUUGAAUACAUGAUUUUAGCUACAAUCAUAGCCAAUUGUAUCGUGCUGGCUCUGGAACAACAUUUGCCGGAUGGAGACAAGACGCCGAUGUCGGAGAGAUUGGACGACACUGAGCCCUACUUUAUUGGAAUAUUUUGUUUCGAGGCUGGGAUAAAAAUCAUCGCUCUGGGGUUUGUUUUUCACAAAGGCUCUUACCUCCGGAACGGCUGGAACGUGAUGGAUUUUGUCGUGGUCCUCACAGGGCACCAUGUGAUCCAGCAACUGAGAGGCCAAAGGGAAUUCUUUAUGUAUUGAGAGGAAGAGAAUAAAUAUGUGGGGUUUGAUUCUCCUGCUGCUGGGCUGAGGAUUUAAUCAAUAGGAACUUGAGUGGAGUCACGAGGAGAAUCAGAUUUACAUACUUAGGAACACAGGGGGGACCAGGAUGAGAAGAGAAUUAGCACAGAUGCUACAAUUAUUCACACC